AUGGCCAAUAAUAAUCAUCGUAUAAUAAUGCCCUCGUCUCAAUUACAAAUUACUAAUUCCAGUUUUAUCAAAUCGGAAAUUGAACGUUUUGAAAGUGUUCAUCCAUCGAUUUAUUCAAUCUAUGAGCUAAUUGAAGAAAUCAAAGAUCAAACACAACUUCAAACGCAAAUUCGCGAUCAUGUUAUGAUUAUCGAAGAUGCUUUUGUGAACAGUCAAGAAUGGACGUUAAGUCGAAGUGUAUUGGAUAUUCGUAUUGGAUUAUUAGGGACACUAGCAAGUGGAAAAUCAGCAUUGGUUCAUCGAUUUUUAACGGGAACUUAUAUGCAAGAAGAAUCACCGGAAGGAGGAAGAUUCAAAAAAGAAAUUAACAUUGAUAAUCAAAGUUAUUUACUGUUAAUACGCGAUGAAGCUGGUGCACCUGAUACUCAAUUCACACAUUGGGUUGAUGCAGUUAUAUUUGUAUUUAGUUUGGAAAAUGAAGAAAGUUUUAAGACAAUUUAUCAAUAUUAUACAAAAAUGAAUCACUAUAGGAAUGUUACAGAUAUGCCUUUUAUUCUCGUUGGAACACAAGAUGCAAUUAGUGAAAGCAAUCCACGUGUUAUACAUGAAGAUCGAGCUAGAAAAUUAUCUAAUGAAUUGAAACGAUGUACUUAUUAUGAAACAUGUGCGACAUAUGGACUGAAUGUGGAACGAGUAUUUCAUGACGCUUGUCAAAAAAUCAUUCAUCAGAGAUAUGGAUUUUCCACUUCAACUUUAUCAUCCAAUCGUUCGUUGACACCACAAUCGAUCUCGAAUAUUACAGUUCACCCAUCAAAUUCCUUACCCCAACAACAACAACAACAACAAUCACCUGUCGCAAAUCAAGUUCGACUUUUUUCGAAUAAUCAUAAUGCUCCAUCCUCAUCCUACGUCGCGGGAAAUGUCAAUCUAGCUCAAACAGCUCCAGCAUCUGUUUUCUCCUCCUACCAAUACCCACAAGAACCACAACCAGUCCUUGUUCCACCAACACAAAGUUUUCCCAUCGCUCAAUUAGCUCAAUGUUUCAACAGUCAGACAAGUAACGGUGUGCUCAAGGAUCGAAAUAAUCAACAACAACAACAACAACUCGAUAAACGCAGUCGGUCGUUUAAAGAACCUACUGGCAAUAAACUCUCAACACUGAGUGAAGGACAAUCCUUCCCUGGACAUGAAGGACAGACCAAUGAACAAUUGACACCUUCGUCGACACCAACACAAAAACGAAAAGAAACCAAACGUAAAUCGAACAUCUUCACUCCCGGAAAAAAAGAUGAAGACAAAAAUAAAGCCGAUCGAGUUGGCCAUGGACGAGCAAUACCACUCAAACAGGGAUUUCUGUACAAAAAAGCAACGAACAGUAUUAAUCGAGAUUGGAAGAAGAAAUAUGUCGUUUUACUUGAUGAUGGACGAUUGAUUUAUCAUCCGUCAUUACAUGAUUACGAAAACGAAUCUCACGGAAAAGAAAUCAUUCUUCAACGUACAACAAUAAAGAUUCCUGGUUCAAACAAACCACGUAUUGCUUUACGCAGUGCUAGCAAUGACAAUAAAUUAAACGAUUUGACAUCAUCAGAUGGUGCUAUCAUCAUAUCAAACUCAUCUGUCACACCAAGCAUCAUUGAUCAAGUGGUUGUUUCAUCUCCAUUGGGGAAACUUGAAACACCGAAUUCUAAGAAACGUCAUCGCCGGGCGCAGCAGACCAAUUCGACAAAUUCCAAUAACAAUUCAGCAACACCGAAGUCAUCAUCGAAUAAUAACGGUGACGACGAUGGUGACGAAAAUAUCUUUAUUAUUGUUUCGUUGGAUAAACAAUGGUAUUUCGAAGCGCAAUCAAACGAAGAACGCGAUGAAUGGGUACAAGCAAUUGAGCAACAGAUUCUUUCUAGUUUACAGAAUAUCGAAUCGUCUAAAGCAGCACGGGCAGCGAAGAUCGGUGGGCCAAGUAUGGCCGAUUCAGCUGCAAUACAAUCGAUUAAACAGAUCUACGGAAACGGAUUUUGUGCGGAUUGUGAACAACUAAAUCCAACGUGGGCUUCGUUGAACCUUGGAGCGUUGAUUUGUAUGGAUUGUGCAUCGUUACAUCGCAACCUUGGAACACAUUUAUCACGUGUUCGGUCGUUGGAACUUGACGAAUGGCCACCGGAACUUGUUCAAGUCAUGCGAUCAAUCGGAAACAAACUAUCCAAUUCUGUUUGGGAAGCAAAUAUUAAAAACCGAGUUAAACCUCAACCAAAUGCAUCCUCAUCGGAACGAGAACGAUGGAUUCGAGAUAAAUACGAACAGAAGUUAUUUCUGCCCACUCUCACAAUGACGCCUCCCCUUGCAAGGCAAUCAAUGCUUGAUGCUAUCAACAAGAAUGAUCUUUACACAAUUAUACUAAUAUUAGCUCAUAGGAAACUAUCGAAUGACGAUGUCAAUUCUUCGCUAUUACAUUUAGCUGCUUCUCAAGGAAAUGUAACUAUUCUGCAAUUACUGCUUUGGUAUGGUGCAGAUGCAUUCAGUGUCGAUAGUAAUGGUCGUACACCUCUGCAAUGUGCUCAAGGUGAUUGUAUUCAAGUUCUUCAGACAUUAACUAACAAUAAUUCAGAUCUACAUUUGAAUCUUCAACAAUUGAAGCCAACAUCUGUAUCUCCUCAGCAGAAUACUUUGAAUCGUCCGCGUCCACCAGCGACUUCUCCAGGUCCACCCUACGAUAAACUCCCAUCAACGGUUAUUUAA